GUACCGCCCACCUGCACAUCCCAGAAAUGGUUCAUUAGCGGACUGUUUAGCUAGCUGCUCGUCAGCCUAGCCGAGCUCCAGCCUCCUCUGAGAGUGAAACUGCAGGAUGUCUUGACUGAUGACGCAGACGGUGCUGUCUUGCCCUCCACAAGGAGACGAUGGCCCGCAUGUCCCUGCCGGCUCCCGCAUGUCCCCGCCUGCCCCCGCUUGCUCCCACCUGUCCUCACCUGUCCGGCUCGUGUCUCCGCCAACAGGGGGUGGAAAAUGGAAAGAAGGAAAGAGGGAAACGGAGGCUUGAAUGCACUUAAACUGCUGGACAACAAGAUCUCCAGACAGGAUGGAAAACCCGGCAUUGCAAAGGCUCUUCACAGCAUAUUCAAAACCCACAGUACUUCGCAGAUUCAGUCCACUAGUCGUUCAGAAUGUGCUGGAUCCUGUCCUAAUCUGAUGAUGAGUCGAAUCGAGCAGGCUGAUCACCGGCCCACCCCCAUCACCCUCACCCCCCAGCUUCCCCCCAGAGCCCACAGGCCACUCUGCAUGUCCGUCUCCUCUGACAGCAGUGGCCGCUUCAAGGCUCUGGAGACACACGAGUGGAAGAACAACCUGAAAGCCCAGAUGGAACAGGCCCACAGUGCAGGAGCAGCCAGUAGCACGGGCUCCCUGGAGAGGGCCUCGCUCUUCUGUGCCUCUGCAUCCCCCACAGCGUCCAGCUCUGGUCUCUCCAGUCCCGUGGAGCUCCUCAACAAGAGCAAGUCCUCCAGCCGGUUCUCCCUCUUCUCCCCACCCUGGAACAGCAGCUCUGAGUCUGACUCCAACCCCCCCUCUCGCUCAGGCUCCAAGAAGCUACGCAACUAUGUCAGGGGCCCUGACACCCCCGAAAUCAAGCCCAGCGGGCCUGAACACUUCCAGUACUCUGAGCCGGUCAUCUCCAAGGUAACAGACUAUAUUUAUGUGGGUAACCUGAACGCAGCAUACAGCGGUCGUACCCUGUGUCGAAACAACAUUGACAGCAUCAUCGAUAUGAGCAGCCUCCCAGGGGAACCGGGCCCUAACCUCUGCCUCAUUCCCUGUACCUGCUCCCGGGGAGCCCGCCACAGCUGGUCCCGCCUGAAGGUCGAUCUUGGGGAAGGACCCGAUGUGCUGGGCCGGGGGCUUGCCCUGAAGCAACGCUGCUUUGAGGACAUAAAUGAGUGCAUUGACGCGUCCACUGUAAAACGGAAGCGAGUCUUGGUCCAUUGUCGAGACGGCUUCUCCCUGGCGCCCACCUGUAUCAUACAGUACCUGAUGGUGAAACAGAACAUGAGGCUCAUCGCUGCCUAUGAGCUGCUGAGAGCCAAAUACCCCGUCAACAUCAAGGAGUGUCACCAGAAUGUUCUGGUGAGCCUGGAAAGAGCCUUACGGCCUGGAGGCAACGUGGACCCGGAGUGCUUUAAACAGGCCAUCUCCCGCAGAGUGGCCUGGACGUGAUUCUGUUACUGCUCCCCGCCUGGCCAUCUCUUACUUAUGGCAUGCUUAAUUUCUCUACCCUGUCAUGGCUUUAGAUCUUUUUCUAUGAUUAUCUAAGGGCAGCUGUACCUCUUCUCUUAGAUUGGUCAACUGGAUAUUGUGAUGUUUCCACCUGCGUUCAGUGGUUGUGAAUGUUAUUUGCAAAAUAUAGCCUAGCAAUGACUUGUUUUCACAUGCACACCAAUAUUCUAAUAUUAAUCUGAUUAAGAAAAUAUUCUGAUUAAGACAUAACCAUGUUAAUCAGGUUGUUUUUUGUCUUAUUACCGUGGUCCAAAUGAAGUCUUAUUUGGGUAAGCGUUUUUUGGUUAAAACAUGGAAUAUUCUGAUUUCUAUCUGGUAAACUCUUUAAUCACAUGAUUGCUCUAAUUCCGUUUUCACAACGCUUUAUAACAGCCAGGCAGAUGUCACCCUGGUCUUCGUGGUGUUUUCCUAUACGUCGAAAGAAAAGUGAAAUAAAAGAAUUCUCAACAUUUCGGGGAAACUGAAAGUGACCUCAUGCUUGAUAUUCUGGCAGAAACUGAUGUCAGGGCUUUAAGAGAAAUCCUGGCUGUGGGUUUAAAACCAGAAGGCAAAGCAAACUUGUGCUACUGAAGGGCUGUCCAACUUCAAACAAAAAUAUUUGGACUGGAUAACAACGUCUUAACAGUGCAAGGCUGACUUGAAGUUUGUCACUGUCACCGUUGGGCAGUAACAGGAGGUAUUGAAAGAGCCGAAGUGCCAUAGACCAAAUUCUGAUAGAAUCCAUGUGAAAUGUUUUAACCAAAAUAUCCCUUAAACUGAUCACUUCCAGUAAUCGGGGAUAUUGGUUUGCAUGUAACCUCAGUGUGACCAGUGAUUCCCCCCUCCCCCCCCCCAACUCAUCUUAAAGAGACUCCGUAGACUUCAUGAAUCAGCAUCUAAGUAUGAAAAUGUGAUAGUCUAGACUGUAUAGUAAGUGUAGUCAUGCUGAACGUGGUGUGCAGUGGUGAUGUGAAGGUGUUUAUCGGGGAAUUUUACUGGGAGGUCUCAGGAGAACAUUGAUGUCAUCACACUAUUGACGGGGUGUUGAGCUAUCAGCCAUCAUGAGGAGCUCAGUUUUUCUUCCGUAAAUCACUGGCUGGUUUUAAAAAGUGAAAUCGUGGCUCAUAAAUUCUAACUCGCAUUGUUCCCAGUGGACAAACACAAACUUCCAACCCUUAUCCAAUGUACCUUCUGCUGCUUUUAACCCUGAAGAACAGAGGAUUAAUGGGAUGUCACACCUUUACCUGGACCAGACUGUAGACUUCUCCAGACUGAUUCCUCUGCCAUCUUAUGAGUGGUCUUUGCAUGUAGUGGAUAACUGGUUUAUAUCCGAGUACACCUUUGUUCCAUGUGGCCUACAACUUGACCAAUCUAUUCUGACAAUGUGCUACAUGGUUAUAUGUGAUGGAAGAUGAGCACUCCUUGCUGUCCUCUAUGAGGAAGACUUGGCCCUCCUGACAUCCUUUCUUUUAUCCUACUCUCUCAGACCACUGAGAUGGGGCACAGGCCAUGGUUGUGUGAUAUAGUGGAGCUGAGCGACAUGGAUCUGUGAGAUAUCAGUUUUACAUCUCACUGAGC